CCUCCAAACAACUUCGUUUUCCAUCAAAAGAAUAAUCAACAAUCAGCAACAAGGUGGUAUAACACGUAGACACCCGGGGAAUAUACUAUUUCAUGGUACUUGAAUACAGCAUGCAAGCGACAUCGGCAUUGUCCAACCCGACAGCGACAACAUUUCCCUGAACAUCUUCUACGACCCUCCUUGGCUCUUUCAACAUCCCCUUGACUCAAUCGCAUAGUUCCAUGUAGCAGCGAUGGCAGCGCCUACUCUAUCUGUCAGCGACCAGCUGAGCCAACUUGAUGCUGCGCGAAAUCUUGUACUGGGCGACGGCAACUACUAUCCUCAGAUUAUACAAGGCAUACUUCCGAUCAUUGGACCCACGGCCAGAGUAGAAUUACGCAGAUGGGGCGCGGACUUCUUGGCCGAAACCUUCUCAAAUCCAACCGUAUCUUCCAGUCAGAAGGAGACACUGAGUCUGAUCGUCCUGGAGAACCUGAAGUCUAUGAUCGAGAAUGUCAACGAAGACCCUGCGGUUGUGAAGAGCGUCGUUCAGACCGCAGCUAGUAUAUACCCCUUUGUCCUCCGCUGGAUAAUCAAUAAUCUAUAUGACAAACCAACGUGGGAGAAGAUGGCAGCCAUCAAGACCAGAAUCCUUCGAAUCUGGGAUACCGCCCCUCCAGGAAUCAGAAUAUGCUGUAUCAAAUUCUCACAAAGAGUGGUUCUGGCUCAAACAGCACCACCAGAUGGAGAUGGAAGACACGGUGAUCCACUCGACAUAUCCCUCGCAUUGGUGCCGGCAAAUCACGCAUUGAUACCCCAACGAAAUCUUGAGGCUGAAGCAUCUGGGCUGCUGGAUAGAAUGCUUGGAGUGCUUCACGAGAACCCGACUGAUGCUGUACUCAUUGAUGCCACCCUAAACUCCCUCUCCAUCCUCAUCCGUGCUCGCCCGGCAAUUGCCAAUAAAAUCCUCCAUGCCAUAUUGAACUUCAAUCCCCUUAAGCUCGCAAACUCGCCCAUGACGUCCAAACUCCGUGUGAUGGCGAAAUCCAUGGAGAAGACAACACGGAUAUUGCUCAUGCAUGUUCACAAACGUGAUCCCCAAGGCCCCAUGGCCCUACGCAUUCAGCAAUAUGUCGAGCGGCUCAUCAGGUCACGAACUGAGAUAUUCGAUGAAGCCCACAGGAAGCGCGGUCCCCCUGAGCUGGUGGACGGGAACGACUCUGCCAAACGACAGAAGCUUGGAGCUGCUGUUGCCGCUCCAAUAAUGAACCUCGUCAUUCCGCCGUUCAGUCCAGGACCACAUACCAUCGCGGAGUUGUUCACAAUCACACAGGACAAAGGGUUGGUAUUUGAUGUCUCACAAAUACCGGAAGAAUUGGUUGCGUCGAUUGGAGUGGCUCUCAUGUCACAGCUGGAUGAGGGUCUUUUGAAGCAAGCCAUUAAAGGUGUCCGCGAUCGAUUCGAAUCUUUCGGAACUCAGACUACAAUUUCACAAUUGAACCCAGAUACAGCACCGCUUGGUGUGGAAGAAGACGACGACGAUUACGAGCCCGACUUCGAGGCGGCAGAGGAUACAGAGCAAAUAUUGAACAAACUCGACAAUGCCCCGCCGGAAGAGUCGCCAGAUCGGCCUCCGGUUGUGGCGCUGGGGCCGUUUAAGAUGCCAGAACCGCAAGCUCUCACCAGCGAAGAAGUGAUGGAGAAUGGGAAAAAUACAGUUGCGCGUGUCUUCUCAGUGAUGCAAACGCUCGAGGACCCUGCAUUGAAGAAGAGUAAAGCUGGAAUCAACCGCCUUGCGGCCAGCACAUACGAUAGGGAGGCAUGGGUCACAAUUGUGACGCGCUUGGCAACUCGCGCACCGGCCGGCUUGGAAGAUACUACAGGUGUAGUAAAAUCAGAAGUUGGCGAGGCGAAGGUGACUCUCGGUGAUAAUAUCCGGGAUGCACUCUACCUAUACGUUCUUGAGGAUUUUAGGCAUCGGAUUGAGACGGCCGUUGCUUGGCUAUGCGAGGAGUGGUACAACGAUCAGAUCCAGGAGAAGGCUGGAGCAGUUACAACAAGCCACUACGACAAAUGGGUGAUUCGGGUGCUGGAUGGGAUGAUGCCAUAUCUCGACGCUCGCGAUAAAGUUCUGACGAGAUUUCUCGGCGAGAUCCCAAGGCUCACGGCCGAGAUGCUCGAAAGGGUGAAGGGGUUAUGCCGUGAUCCCGCUAUGGUCAAUCUGGCCUUGACUAGUCUACUAUACCUCGUCAUGAUGCGACCCCCAGUGCGAGAGAUUGCCUUGGAUGCCGUGGAGGAUGUAUGGCGGACUUAUGACGAUGCCAAGCCAAUGGCAGCCAAAUACCUGACCAAAUGGCGCCCUGGAUUUAUUGAGCGAAACAGCGACACAAAGGAGGACAGUGAAUCAAAACUGAUCGCCGGGUCUGAAGGAAAGAACGGAGUGCCGUUAACGGCCUGAGUAAGAUGGGGAUACCCAUUCGUGCAUCUGUACUGGCAUUGUGCAAGGCUUGGGACAAUAGGGAUGUUGGUUAAAGCAUUAGAACGGCGUUUUUUGGGGGGAAUUAUGAGGGCGGAGCAAUCCCGUUAGGUAGAUACCUGUGCCAAGAGGUGUACGAAUAAGGAGUUGGCAGAAUGGCAAAG